CUUGUAUACAGGGUGGUCGUUUCCUCGCGUGUAAACUUUUUCGUCAACUAUGGUUGUUAAUUAACGAAUCGCUAGGGAUGUGCGUGUAGUGUAGUGAUGGUGUUACAGGUCACAUACUGGAGUUACAAUAGGAGCCUGCUGCGCGGGUAGGAUGCGGCGGCAUGCUCCGCCCGCUGCUGCUGAUGGCCCUCCUCAUCAGAGUGGGAGCCCCGCACCUGCACGUCACCGCUCCCCCAGGCCUGGACACAACAUAUCAGAUCACUAAGCCCACCGCCGUGGUGUUCACCAGUAAACCUCGUCGAGUCCUCAACAGGAAGGGGAAGGAAGGCUCACCCAUGCUGAACUACAUCUUCGACUCCUACGCUACCAGCAACAAACAUUUUCAUGAUAAAUUUAAAGCGCCUUCGUUCGAGGGAGACAUGAGUUCGGAUACUAUUAUAGAUGCGGACACGAGAGCGACCGUGCUGUUCGACUGCCAAGUAUCUUCGCUUAGGGAUAAAACGGUAUCCUGGCUAAGGGUGUCUGAAGAUCAGAAUUUCGAAUUACUGACAGUUGAUCUGGAACGACAUACAGCUGAUGUCAGAUACCGAGUAGAUUUAGCUGGGGAGAAUUGGAAGUUGAUGCUGUCUGAUGCGAAGGUCCAGGACUCUGGGAUAUACUGCUGCCAUGUGUCCACUCACCCACCUAUGCUCAGAAGAUUUCAACUAACGGUUCAUGCGCCGGAGAUAAAAAUGAGCAAGGAGGCGUUCCUUGAAAGCGGGGAGACGUUAUCCCUUAAAUGUGCCGUGUUGCACUUAAACCCGGGAGAGACGACCCCGGAAUUGCACUGGUAUAGAGGGAACAAUACCACCCCCCUGGACGAGACCCGGGGAGGAGUGCUCGUGGAGACGGACCUCUUAACUCUUACAAGCCAUCUUCAGGUCGCCGGCUUAAAAAUGGAGGAUGCUGGGAACUACACUUGCGCCCUGGAAGCUCCUCUACAAAUGAAAGCUAUUGCUAGAGUCCACGUUUUACAAGGGUCAAGUUUGGCUGAGCUUCAAAGCGGUGUGAAAACCACCACAUCCUACAUCAGCCUACUCCUGGCGUCUCUAGUCCUACUCUUCAGCACAUCGUAUGGUGAGAUCAGAUGACCUACCUAGACCAAAACUUCGAGUAAGGCUGGCAACGUAAGAAUUUUUAAGGGAACAAGAUCAAAUAUGACUUUACUGCACAAAUUGGAUGGGACAAACUAAAGGGACUUGUAAAGCCCUGCCAUGGCUUCUAAAAAUAAUGUGUUGAAUGUAAUGAUAUUAUCAUCAAACAGUUUGUUGUUGCCACAGUAUAAAAAUCAUACAGUAUAGUAACUAAGCCGCUUCCUAAAACACUGAGGAAAGAGAAAAUAUAUUGCAUUGUUUGCUACUA